CACUUCGGGUCGAAGCAAAAUACGACGAUAUCCAGAUUUAAAUUUUUUACGCGAUCUCAAAACCGAGGCGAGUCCAUAGAUGAAUACGUCACCGCGCUUAAAUUAUUGAGCCAGUCCUGCGAGUUCGAGCAUUUAGAAGAUGGAUUGAUACGCGACAGAAUUGUCUGCGGAGUAACGGACGGUGUUGUCAGAGAAAGGUUACUCAGGUCCGAGGAUCUCACUUUGGCCAAGGCAGUCAAAAUAUGUCAGGCAAAUGAAAUGUCCAAUGAGGAAACGCAGCAGAUAGAAGAGACAAAAGGAGAAUCAACGGAGCCGGUGCCGGGAGCGUCGGGUCUCGCGGUGGACGUCGUGGCGGGCGCGUGGGGCGCCGGGUGGCGCGGGCGCGGCCGCGGCGGACAGCAGCGCCCCCCGCCGGCGACGCGUCGGCGCUUCGAUGUUUUUCGAGUUAAAUGUUUAAGCUGUGCUAAUUAUAAGUGUAACGGUGAUAACAGGUGCCCAGCUAAAAGGGCUAUUUGUUUUUUAUGUAAUCAAAUAGGACAUUUUAGAAAAUGUUGUCAACAAAAUUAUAAAAAAGUAUUGCAAUUAGAUGAGAGUUAUAGCAGUGAUAGUGACCUUUAUCAGGUUUCAACGCUUCGUGACAAAUGUAAGGACAACAAGUACGGCAACAAAUGGUAUGAAUAUUUAAUUUUAAAUUUAACUGGAAAGCGCGAGUUGUUUAAGUUAGAUACGGGUUCGGAUUUAAAUGUUAUUUCUAUAGAUACGUUUAAAAAAUUGGGAUGUGACUUUUCUAUUUUACAUUCGGAUAAUACAAGAGCGCAGUCAUUUUGUGGUAAUUACUUAACCGUUAUCGGAGCAUGUGAUUUGUUAUGGACUUACAAAACUGAUACAUAUAAUUUACAUUUUAUUGUUACUAAACAUAAUUGUCAAAGUGUACUGGGAAAAGAUACUUGCGAACGAUUGGGUAUGAUAAGACGUGUCCAUACUGUGAUAUCGUCAUGUAAUAUCGCAUCUUAUAACGAUUUAUUUCAAGGGUUGGGUAAAUUACCAGGGAGGUAUAAAAUUAUAAUCGAUGAGAGUGUACAGCCGUCUGUAUGUCCCGUUAGGAAAAUACCUAUUGGUGUAAGACAAAAAUUAUUAGUUGAAUUGAAUCGUAUGACGGAGUUAGGCGUGAUAAGAAAAGUGUCUCAUCCGACGGAGUGGGUUAAUGCGAUAGUCGUGGCCGCCAAGAAAGACGGUGGCAUCCGCGUGUGCCUUGACCCGCGGCCGCUCAACAAGGCGGUGCGCCGCGCCCACUACCCGCUGCCCACGCUCGCGGAGAUAGCUUGUCGGCUGCAAGGGGCGACCGUCUUUAGCAAGCUCGACGCGCGCUCGGGUUUCUGGAUGUGCGAGAUCGACGAUGCGAGUGCCGAUUUGUGUACUUUUGGCACGCCCUUUGGGCGUUAUCAGUUCUUGCGUUUACCGUACGGAAUUAAUUGUGCGCCAGAAGUUUUUCAUUCGAAAAUUAGACAGAUUCUUGAGGAUUUAGAGGGCGUCGACUCGUUUGUAGAUGACAUAGUAGUUUGGGGCGCGAAUAUCGACGAGCAUGAUAGGCGAUUAAAGGCCCUUCUUGAUAGGGCCAGAGAAGUAGGAAUUAAAUUUAACCGUCAAAAAUGCGAAUUCGCCGUAAAACAAAUUAAUUAUUUAGGUCAUAUUUUUAGUGCUGGCGGCAUGCAGAUAGAUAAGAAUAAGUUAAAGGCCAUUACGGAUAUGCCGUCUCCACAUGAUAGACCUUCCCUGGAACGUUUUUUGGGCAUGGUUAAUUAUUUAUCGAAAUAUAUACCGAACUAUUCCGAUGAGGUUUACCCGUUGAGAUGUUUAUUAAAAAAAGAUAGCGAGUGGUGCUGGGACGGUGUGCAUGAGGCGGCCGUUGCACGUGUAAAACGGCUACUGAGCGAGGCGCCCGUGUUGGCGCUUUACGAGGCGCGCGCGCCUGUGCUCGUGUCUGUGGACGCGAGCGCGCGUGCGCUGGGUGCGGUGCUGCUGCAACGCGGCCGCCCCGUCGAGUUCGCCUCCAUGACGCUCAGCGAUACGCAAUGUCGUUAUGCGCAGAUAGAAAAGGAAUUGUUGGCUAUCGUUUUUGCGUUAGAGCGGUUUCAUCAGUACGUUUUUGGUAGGGCGGACGUCACGGUGGAGACCGAUCACAAGCCCUUAGAAUGUCUGUUUAAGAAAGCUUUGGACUCUGUGCCGGCACGCCUCCAACGUAUGAUGUUAAGAGCGCAAGCGUAUCAAUUUAAAGUUAUGUACAAGCCCGGAAAGUAUAUGUAUAUUGCGGACACACUAUCGAGGGCGCCGCUAGGAGAAAUAUUGUCUGAUAAAAUAUGUAAUGAGGUUGAGGAUCAGACCUGUUUUUUGUUAGAAAAUGUCAGAUUCAGUAGUGAAAAAACGAAACUAGUUAAAGAGUGUACGGCUAAGGAUGAGGAGUGUAAACUUUUGAUAGCGUAUAUAAUUAAUGGCUGGCCGGACAAUAAGUAUGAGGUCGACGAACGUGUUCGCGCGCAGUGGUCCUAUAGGGAAUUAUUUGAAUACGUCGACGGCAUAAUUUUUAAGGAUAAUUUGGUGUAUAUACCGAAUGGUUUGCGCAAGGAGAUGGUGGACCGCGUUCACGACGGGCACAUGGGCAUAGACCGGUGCAAGCGUCACGCGCGUGAGGUUAUGUUCUGGCCGGGCAUGUCACGUGACAUUGAGCAGCGCGUGCGGCGCUGCGCUGCGUGCGCCGAGCGUACGCCGCGCCCCCAGCGGGAGCCCCUGCUACCACACCACAUACCAGACAUACCCUGGGCCAAGGUAGGUUCCGAUAUUUUUCAAAUAGGAAAAAAUUAUUACCUUAUAUUAGUGGAUUAUUUUUCGAAUUUCGUUGAGGUUGUUACGAUAACUAAUAUUUGUAGCAGAUCAAUUAUUGGUGCUCUAAAGGAGCAAUUUUCGCGACACGGCAUUCCGUCACAGCUGGUGACAGACAACGGGCCAGCUUACGCAUCUAAAGAAUUCGCAUUGUUUAGUCGGACUUGGGGUUUCGAUCAUAUAACGACGUCGCCUAAUUAUCCGCAGUCGAAUGGACGUAGUGAAAGAACCGUUAGAACCGUAAAAGAAAUGUUAAAGAAAUCGUAUUUGUCAGGCAGUGAUUUCUAUUUAGGAUUAUUAAAUUUCCGAGCCACGCCGCGUGAUGGCAUUGCAUCGCCUUCGGAGCUGUUGAUGGGUCGUCGAAUAAAUACUCGGCUUCCCAUACAUUUCAGCAAACUCAAACCUUCUCGAGACAAUAGUGAAGAUUAUAAAAACAUUCGCGAAAAACAGUUUAGGUCUAAGAGAAGAUAUGACUGCCACUCGAGGCCGCUUCCGGAGCUGCGACCUGGACAGAAAGUGAUCAUAGCGGACGGAGUGAGCCGGCGCAGGCGUGGUUGCGUACAGGCACGCGCUGCGCAACCGCGAUCUUACUUUGUUAAUGACGGCACAGGCAGGUGUUACAGACGUAAUAGGCGACAUUUAAUUAAUAUCGGUCCUCAGAGCAGAGGCAGCGGCGCUGUCGAGUCCGCUGAAGGCGGCUGCAGUGCGGAUACGUCUUACACAGGCUCGGGAAUGCAACGCGACCCAGGUAAUGAGCCUACUACAAGCGCAAUGUCGUCACUAUUUCCUAAUAAUAAUGAGCAAAAAAUUGAUGUUAGGCAGGCGGCUAUUUUAGCGAAAAACAAGUUUAAGAAUCUUUUUCCGUGAUUAAAAUUUAACUUAUUAGUGUUACUAGUGUAUUAUCAUAUUAUUAUGUGUGGUUUUA